AUGACUGGCUCAACUCUGACCUGGACGGCAUCCCCAACCGUCGAGUCGCCGCCGCCUCAUUCGUUCCGCCGCCCGCAUUCCACCCCGGAAAUCGCACCGGCGCAACAGUCCCAGACGACGAGCCCGCCCGACCAUCACCGCUCGCUUAGCCAACAGACGCCGCCCACCUUCGACUUCGACGUCUCUUCUCUGGAUUUCGAUGGCACCGGUUUCGACCUCACCCUCCCAGUUGCUAAGACAUUGAGGCCCAGCUCCAAUGAGAAAUCCACACCUGCAGAACCCGCAACACACUCGGAGGGCGCAAGGCCCCGGACCGGCAAGAUGGGGAGGAGGAAGUCCAUUUUAGGCCGCCCGCAGUCCUGGAUGCCGACCCCCAAGGCAACGCUCGACGCCGGUCAAUACUUGGAGGAGAAGACUUCAGUGCCCACGGAGAGCGUGAGCGUGUUGAAUGGCAAGGGGGCCGUCGACGGUUCCAAGCUGCUGCAACCGCCCGAUCAUGCAAGAACAGCCUCGGUCUCGGGCUCUCUCGCAUCUUUCGCACGUCGGUCGUGGAUUUCCACCUCGCGGACCCCUUCUCCGUCCGCCAAUGACCACACCGAGGCGGCCGACUACGUAUCCCACGAGACGCGCGAACGAUCCCCAAGCACUUCGUCGAGCAAGACCAAGCUCAAGAGGCUUUCCCGCAAGCGCCAAUCGUCAAAUGCCGACAGCCUAGAAAGCAAAUCGUCUGACUCCCUGACCAAACUUGGUUCCGUCUUUGGCAAGAUGAAGGCACGGCCGCAACCUGCCAUGGUAAAAGGCGUGCUCAACCACGAUACCGAAAGCACUUCGUCCUCGGUAGCCAGCUUGGCGCCCGCCUCCACGACAACACGGCCGUCCAAUGCAGCAUCUGAGAACACAUUCACGUCAGUGCCCGACGACCUCGCCAAGUCAUCGUCGAGUGCGCCCAUCCGGGACCCACUCUGGUCAGUCUUCAAGAGCUUGGAGUCUGAGUAUUCCAAGUUCCAGUCCAAAAAGCCAGCCGAGAAGAUGAAGCUGGUACGAAGUGCUCUGAUGCCUUUCUUGCGAAACUAUUCUUCCCACCCCUCGGACAAAAGGCUCAGCCCAGAGCAAGUCGAACAGAGGGCCGAGAUUCUCAACAAAUGGUGGACCGGACUUCUGGAACUCUUUGAUGGCAGUUCUCAGCAAUCUGUGCCCGGGACAGACCGUCCGACCCUGCAUGAGGUCACGACACUCGUCAUGAUGCGCCCGGAAUGGCGGCUCUGCACCCCAUGCUUUAGGCCAUUGUCGGAGAGAGGCUCUCAGGAAACCACGAAAAAGAAAGGUCGAGCCAGAGCCGAAACGUUGAGCGACGAGUCAUCGAGCCCCAUGGACUCUGACUACAUCGCCGAGUCGGCGGAGCACAAUGUGCGGAACAUGUUCACUGUGAACUUGGUGAGACAGAUGGCCAUCGUGGUGGACAAGCUGUCACUGAGGUACUCACCCCUAAGCUUAGUCAACUUUGCCGGGAAGGCCUGCGCCUAUGCCUUUUUCUUCGCCCCUGGCAUUGCUGAUGUGCUGGUGCGGCUGUGGGCUCUGACCCCUGACCUCAUUCGCCGUGUUGCUGACGAGUUCCGGUUACCACGACGGAGUCAAAGACAAGACGACAACGUUACGGCAUCAUUUCCACCCGCCUUGAGCGCUCUGGCCUGGACGUCUGUUAGGGACAUGUCCAGUUCUCUGAGACAAGCUGCGAAAUUGCCUUUGGCCGCUGCAAAGAUCGCAUGGCACGGCCCCUGGAUAUCACGAUGGCGUGGCCGGGAUACCGAUCUUUUCUUCAUCUUCAGCAAGUACUAUUUCAUGCUAGCAGAGGAGUUCGUGCCUGCGGACAUGCCAUUGGCCGAGAAAGGUUGUGGCCCGGCUUUCCUGCUCGUAAACGCCCAAAUUCUUGCAAACCUGGACUCGACAGUACACCGACAAGCGGCUGUUAAUGCCAUGAUGAUGCCCCUUGCCGAUGGCCUCGGGGCUGAUGCUUCCGCUACAGCUCUCCCCAUUGUUCCAAACAACAAUGUUAUGAAGGGGAUGAGCGAAAAUCGUUUGAUUGUAUUGCUGAAGGACUUCCUUUCCGCGAGCUCGGUUACCCUGACUGCCCCUCGCCAUACCUUUGCAGAAGCAUUCAUGGCAUUGAUGAAGGCGUCGGCAAAACGAACAUCGUCAUUCGAUCACAACGCCUGCUUUACGUUGUGCGAUUUCCUUGAAGAAACCUUGGUCGCCUAUGACGGCUAUGUUGACGUGCACCGUCCAACGUUGGAAUACAUCGAUUGGCCUUUUUGGCUGGAUGUCUGCAAGAAAAUCAUGCAAUCUAACAAUACCAUGUCUGAAGUUAGAGUCUUGUCAUUGAUCUUCUCCAUCUGGGAUGCGAUCGCUAGCAAUCAAAGUCGCAAGGAAGUCAUCUGUUUCGACUGGCUCCUCAAGGAAGAAAUUUUUUACAAGUGGUUCAACAACUGGUGUCCUAUGGUAAGAGCAUAUUACAUGCGUCUAUUAUGCUGGCGAAUUUGUCGGGACACCGGAAGUGCCAACGACCUCGAUGCAAAAAUAUUCGUCACUGUCGCGACGCGACUAAAGACAGUAUGGUCUCAUUAUCUCUGGCUGAGACAGGAUACCGAAUCCAAGUGUAAACUUCCUCCCUCGACUGCUCCGUCGUAUCCCACACCCGGCAAACGAUUCAUGAUUAUCCGCACGGAGGUGCCCGCGACCCAGCCUGGGAUGAUGAUGGGAUUUGACGCAUUUUCCACUCCAGUUGGUGCUCCCGACACGAAUUCAGCUGUUCCGACGACGUUUACGGAAUUGCUGCCAGCCACAGAAGAUCAGCCUGUCCACCACAAAAAGAAGUGGAACGUGUUUGGCAAAGUCAUAUCCUUUGGGGGAUCCAGCAAUACGAAUGACUUGGAGUCUUUAAGGCGGGAGACUGCAGCCGCUCGAAAGCCUCCUCCGCCACCCAAGCAUAUAACUGAUACUGUAACGCCUCCGGCGUCCGACUCUGACAGCCUUGGGUCCGCGCCUACUUACGAGGCCAUGCAGUUCAUCUUCAGGUUCACUCUCUCCUGGAAUGCUCCGAACAGCAUACCACCGCCGAACCGCAUCUUGACCAGACCCCGACUCCCAACACCAGCUCAGUCAUGGGUCAACGCCAAAUUAAAGAAAUUGGACGGAGGCGUGGCACUGCCUCCCGCCGGCCGGCCAGCUCCUACAAGGGCCGUUUCUGGUAGCGUGAGCACAGGCCUCAUUGAAGAGGCAAAGAAUGCGAACUCUUCGGAAGUUAGCCCAACUCUCCCCAGAAUUUCCACCAAUUUCCAUCGCCGCGACAGUGCCGGCCCUAAGAGUCCCCAGACCAACAAGAGCAGCGACGAAGAGCAGCAAUAUUUCAGUCCCAUGACCCCCACUUCCGAACCCGUUGUCCAACCAACUCAGCCACAAGGUGUCUUUGCACAACCGUCGACCUACGCUGGUCGUGCACUUGCUGAAUGGAGCCUCAUCGUAGCUGAGUGCAACAGUUUCGUGGAUCGGAGACGAGAUGAAGGAGUCCUCGGGCUCAGUGAAGUGGAGGUUCCUUCCCUCGGCGUCGAAGGAUUCCGGAAGAUAGGCUAG